AUGGGAAAUACUCAAUCUGGUGGAGGUCUUCCUCCAUUUGGUGGCCCUAAUGAUGACAAACAUAAAGAUGACAAGGAUAAAGACAAGAAAAAAAAAUGGGAACCACCUCUCCCUACUCGCGUUGGGAAGAAAAAGAAGAGAGGACCUGACGCAACUUCUAAAUUACCAGCAGUUUUUCCUACAACACGAUGUCGGUUGAAGCUUUUAAAAAUGGAACGGAUAAAAGAUUAUUUGUUGAUGGAAGAAGAAUUCGUUCAAAAUCAGGAACAAUUAAAGCCCCAAGAAGAGAAGGCACAGGAAGAAAGAACUCGAGUAGACGAUUUACGCGGAUCGCCCAUGGGCGUUGGUACUCUUGAAGAAAUUAUUGAUGAUGACCACGCGAUUGUUUCGUCAUCUACAGGACCAGAGUAUUAUGUUAGCAUUUUAUCUUUUGCCAUGUCCGUUGUCGGUGUACUUCAGGACGAUACAGACCCAAUGGUCAGUGUAAUGAAACUUGAAAAAGCACCUACCGAAUCAUAUGCUGAUAUUGGGGGUUUAGAACAACAAAUUCAAGAAAUUAAAGAAUCUGUAGAAUUGCCGUUAACACAUCCAGAAUUAUAUGAAGAAAUGGGUAUUAAACCUCCAAAGGGUGUUAUUUUAUACGGUGUUCCGGGAACAGGAAAGACGCUGUUAGCCAAAGCUGUGGCUAAUCAAACAUCAGCAACGUUUUUACGUGUUGUCGGAUCGGAGUUAAUUCAAAAAUACCUUGGAGAUGGGCCAAAACUUGUGCGUGAAUUGUUCCGUGUCGCAGAAGAACACGCACCUUCAAUUGUUUUUAUUGAUGAAAUUGAUGCGAUUGGAACAAAGCGUUAUGAAUCAAAUUCUGGUGGGGAGAGAGAAAUCCAACGAACUAUGUUGGAGCUUUUAAAUCAAUUGGAUGGGUUUGAUUCUCGAGGAGAUGUUAAAGUUGUUAUGGCAACAAAUCGUAUUGAAUCACUCGAUCCGGCAUUAAUUCGUCCGGGUCGUAUUGAUCGUAAGAUUGAGUUUCCAUUACCAGAUGUGAAAACCAAACGGCGUAUCUUCAAUAUUCAUACCAGUAGAAUGACUUUGGCAGAGGAUGUAGAUCUUGAAGAAUUUGUAAUGUCAAAGGAUGAUUUGAGUGGAGCUGAUAUAAAGGCUAUUUGUACCGAAUCAGGUUUAUUGGCACUUCGUGAAAGGCGUAUGAAAGUGAUUGCUGAAGAUUUUAGAAAAGCGCGUGAAAAAGUUCUUUACCUCAAAUGA